UGUCAAUGGUGUAAACUGAGAAAGAGAGAGAGAGAGAGAGACCUCAGUGUCUGGUUUCGGCGUUUUUCCUCCCCCCACCAUAAAAAUCGUGACAGUAAAAAUCCUCCAGAGUCGCGGGGCUGCAGUCGGCUCGGUUCAACUGUAUUUUGGGGGGGGGCUCUUUCGGGAGUGGGGGGGUUCGGGUCACAGAUCUCCGAGGUUAUGAGCCGUCCGAAGCCGCGUCGGUGCGUCGCUGUCCAGGGUCCUGAGUGAGACGGAGCCAUCGGGCGACCACGGAGCCUGACAUAACCCGGUGAGUGAGUUAAAAAGCUCGGGAGCCAUGGAGUUGAGGGUAGGGAACAAGUACCGUCUUGGGAGGAAGAUAGGGAGCGGAUCCUUUGGAGAUAUUUACCUCGGCUCCAACAUCGCUACAGGAGAGGAAGUAGCCAUCAAACUGGAAUGUGUGAAAACCAAACAUCCACAGCUUCACAUCGAGAGCAAAUUUUACAAGAUGAUGCAGGGCGGAGUGGGGAUCCCGUCUAUUAAGUGGUGCGGAGCGGAAGGCGACUACAACGUCAUGGUCAUGGAGCUGCUGGGCCCCAGUCUGGAGGACCUGUUCAACUUCUGCUCCCGCAAGUUCAGUCUGAAAACGGUCCUCCUGCUGGCCGACCAGAUGAUCAGUCGGAUUGAAUACAUCCACUCCAAGAACUUCAUCCACAGAGACGUGAAGCCUGACAACUUCCUGAUGGGGCUCGGCAAGAAGGGCAACCUGGUCUACAUUAUCGACUUCGGCCUGGCCAAGAAAUACCGUGACGCCCGAACGCACCAGCACAUCCCUUACCGUGAGAAUAAGAACCUUACCGGCACCGCCCGCUAUGCCUCCAUCAACACCCAUCUGGGGAUCGAGCAGUCGAGGCGAGACGACCUGGAGUCCCUGGGCUACGUACUCAUGUACUUCAACCUGGGCUCCCUGCCCUGGCAGGGCCUCAAGGCUGCCACAAAAAGGCAGAAGUAUGAACGCAUCAGUGAGAAGAAAAUGUCCACCCCCAUCGAGGUGCUCUGCAAGGGAUACCCCUCUGAGUUUUCCACUUACCUGAAUUUGUGUCGCUCCCUGCGGUUCGACGACAAGCCAGACUACUCCUACCUGAGGCAGCUCUUCAGGAACCUUUUCCACAGACAGGGCUUUUCCUACGACUACGUCUUUGACUGGAACAUGCUGAAGUUUGGGGCCAGCAGGACCGCAGAGGAUGGCGAGAGAGAGAGGAGGGAGGGAAAGGAGGCGGAGGAGCGAGCAGGAGGAGGCCAAAGAGGAGCUGGAGGUCGAGCUCUACCACCUGGUCCGAACCCUUCAGCAGCCAACAGAGUCAGGAACGAGGCAGACGCUGCUCCCUCCAACCCGGCUACGCGUGGGGUCCAGCAGUCAGGAAACCGCUCUCCUCAGGCGGGGAGAGCAGAGCGAGCCGAGCGAGAGAGGAAGGUGGCCAUGAGGCUUCACCGCGGGGCGCCCGCCAACGUCUCCUCCUCCGACCUGACCGCACGCCUCGACCAAUCACGCAUCACUGCCUCACAGGUCAGUGUGCCGUUUGAACAUCUGGCAAAGUGAGGUCCUCCUGGCUGGCCUGCAGGUUAGUGGCAGCAGCUGCAGGGUAUCAAAUACCCCUUACUUUUCAAAUGGAUGAAUGAAAACAUGAAUGAGUGGAGGAGAACAAGAGGAGCAGGAGGAAGCGUUUCUGACCCUCGAAGAGGGGAUGGAGGCCAUUCGUGUGUCUGUCAGGAAGCUGUGUGAACAGUGGGGACCGGGAAGAGCAUGAUGAUAGAAACCAGCGGGACAAACAAACUCUUGGCUGGAACUGGAUGCUCCAGCUUUUAGGGAUGUGACCAGAGGGGGGAGGGAGGAGUGGGUGAAACUACACACUGGACCCACCUCUCCUUCACACAUAUUCACCUGUCCAUCGACUCAACUUGCAGAAAAACAUCAAAGUGCACAAAACGGACUAAAUUUCAGUUAUUCUGUGGUUUACACCUGUGAUAAAAUCAUUUGAAACAAAAAUCAACCAUCAACCUGAUAAUGUUUGAGAGCUACAUCCACUGCUUAUGGUGUUCUUGGUUAUAAAUAAAUAUGUCAACAAGUAUGGAGAUGAACAUAAAACAAAAGUGUAUUCAGGCCUAUCACAGAUGCGACAGGAGAAUGCUUGGAAAUGGAUCAAAGAGAGGAUCAGAGGAGGAGGAAUGAAUUAGAGAGACUGCGGGGAGAUUUUGUGAGUGGGAGCGAGGCUGCUUUUUGUCAACAAGUGUCGGUGUCUGUCUGUGCGUUAUUGUCUUAACUGUUUGUUUUGCCUUUUAGAUUUGCUUCAGAGAGCCUGAGGAAUGGAGGAGGGAAAGGUUACUGUGUAUGGUGAAUUACCCAUGAAUCAUCACAAAAGACUUGUCCCCUGACUAAAACUUUCUCUUCUUCAGCACACACUUGUUACUGUUUUACCUACGAAAGCCUAACAAGAAAAACAUGCUCAUUGAAUGUGGAAAGAGAAGAAAGAGGAGGAAAACCGCUUUGAGUUGAGGACAGAUUAAAAGGGAUUGAGGAUUGUAUGAUAUGAAAAAGCCCAAAUCCAACUUGUACCUCCAGGUCUGAAAAAGACUUGAGAAAGUUAUACAACAUUGGUGGUUUGUUCUUUACUUUUGCUUUUCUAAUAUAUGUAAAAAUGUGUAGAUACAUUUUGCCAGAAUGUGACUGGUUCUUUGAAGAUGGGGCUGGA